CUAGACAGCGAAGCACCGGAACAUUUUUUGGAUCGAAGCUUCCCAAUAACUCCAACUGAUGAGACCACCGUCUCUACCUGACGCCGUCUUUUCCCAAAUCCUAAAUUGAAUUGAACCAGUCAUUCUUCUCAUUCCUCUUCUCCACCGCUCCAAUUCAAUUCGAAACCCUAGAAAAAAAACUGUUUUGAUCUCCUCGAUCAAACCAGCCAUGCCCACUCUCACCGUCAAGAUCUACAGCUUGUAUUACAAGCUCUGCCUCAAGCAACUACUUCACAAAUUAUCAUCUUCUCAACUCGAAGGCUCCGGAUCCGGAUCCAAUUCCGACCCAUUUGGAAUCAUCUCCAGACCCGGAGACCCCAUUGUUCAGGCUAACCCUUCUUUCCAAAACGGCGUCGCUAGUAAAGACAUCCAUGUCGAUCCCUUAUCUUCUCUUUCUAUUCGAAUCUUCCUCCCCGAUUCCGUCUUAGGGGUUUCUGAUUCUUCAGAUAAGAGUCGCAGCAGCAGCUGUGAUGAUGGUGUUGCUUACGGUGGUUAUUCUCCUCCUCAGUCGUUGUCUCGGUGCCGGAAACUCCCGGUGAUGUUGCAAUUUCACGGUGGGGGGUUCGUCAGUGGGAGCAACGCGUCGCCGGAGAAUGACACCUUUUGUCGGCGGAUGGCUAAGCUUUGUGAUGUGAUUGUUGUGGCCGUGGGUUAUAGGCUAGCGCCGGAGAGUCGGUUUCCUGCGGCCUUUGAGGAUGGGAUUAAGGUUUUGAAUUGGCUUGGGAAGCAGGCGAACUUGGCUUCUCUUCGUAAUGUGAGACACGUCCGUGCUAAUCGUCGAAUUUUUGAUAGCUUUGGGGAGGCCAUGGCGGAGCCUUGGUUGGCUGCUCACGGUGAUCCAUCGAGAUGUGUACUACUUGGGGUGAGUUCUGGUGCGAACAUAGCAGACUACGUAGCUCGAAAAGCCGUCAUGACUGGGAAGCUUUUGGAUCCCAUUAAGGUUGUAGCACAAGUCCUAAUGUACCCUUUCUUCACUGGAAAUGUUCCCACAAUGUCCGAAAUCAAAUUUUCAAAUUCUUAUUUGUACGACAAGGCUAUGUGCUCUAUGGCCUGGAAGCUGUUUUUACCCAAGAAAGAGUUCAACCUUGACCACCCUGCAGCCAACCCCCUAGUUUCCAGGAGAGAGUUGAAUCUGAAACACAUGACCCCAACGCUCACAGUGGUCGCCGAGCACGACUUGAUGCGUGAUCGCGCCACUGCUUACUCAGAGGAACUGCGGAGAGCUAACGUGGAUGCACCAGUACUUGAGUACAAGGACGCUGUGCAUGAUUUUGCCACUCUUGAAGUGCUCCUCCACACACCUCAGGCCAUGGCUUGUGCUGAUGAUAUUGCUAUUUGGAUCAAAAAGUAUAUCUCACUUAGAGGCCAUGAGUUUUCUUAUUGAUUUUUCUUCUUCUUAUUAUUAUUAUUAUUUUAUUGGAAACGAGAGAAAUUCACAGGAUUGAAGAAGCAUGUUUGCGGAGAUUCAGCAUUAGGAAAGGACAUUUUUGUGAAUAUAGCAUGUUCCUUCAAUUUGGUGAGGUUUUUAUUAGGGAGUUUUUUUUUUUUUGACAUUCUAUCGUGUAUAGCUUGGGGUUCUUGUCUAUGAAUAGGACCCUUUGUAAAUCAACAUCCAGCCUAUAUAUUCUUUCAUUUUCUUCCUUUUAUGAGAUAUUAUAAUCAUAUAUACAAAUUAACAUUAAUUUCGGCUCA